CAUUAACCGGUUUACUGGCAUUUAAACGAUUGCCUGGACUAGAUUGUAGGAUUAUGAAUGUGAAUGUUGCAUAUCUGGUUCUGAUGCAAUACCAUUUUGUUAAGCAAGGGGGCGGUGGUAAAACAACACCGGUAGCCAGAUAACGUCUGGAAAAUCUGAACGUGCUGUUACUGCAGUGGAAGUGAGGAACCGUGAAAUAACACCAUGAAAGCAAUCAUUCAGAGAGUAGCGAAAGCAAGCGUGACAGUGGGAGGGGAGCAGGUCAGUUCCAUUGAAAGAGGCCUGUGUGUUCUGCUGGGCAUUUCUUUGGAGGAUACACAGAAGGAUGUUGACUACAUGGUGCGGAAGAUCCUGAACCUGCGGCUGUUCGAGGACGAGAACGGGCGCGCCUGGAGCCGCAGCGUGAUGGACAGGGGGCUGGAGGUGCUGUGCGUCAGCCAGUUCACCCUGCAGUGCAUCCUCAAGGGCAACAAGCCCGACUUCCACGCCGCCAUGCCCGCCGAGCUGGCGCAGCCCUUCUACUACAGCAUGCUGGAGCACAUGAGGACCGCCUACCAGCCCGAGCUCAUCAAGGAUGGACAGUUUGGGGCUUAUAUGCAGGUCCACAUACAGAACGAUGGACCCGUCACCAUCGAGCUGGAGUCUCCCACAGGGCCGACGGACCCCAAAAUGCUCUCCAAGCAGGAGAAGCAGCAGCAGAGGAAGGAGAAGACGCGGCCCAAGCCCCCCUCAGAUUCGGCGCGGGAGAAGGCCGCCUCGCGCCCCAAGGUGGACCCCAGCGCCAGCAGCGGGGCGGAGGGGGACGUCUCGUCCGAGAGGGAGCCCUAAUCCCCGAAAACGUUUGGCAGAAAGCGCUGUUGCUGAGACUUAACGAACUACCCAGAAUCCCCGGGAGAGUUUAACAUCUUCGGCGACCUCCCCCCCCUCCCCCACCCGCCACGAACCUCGCCGUUUCCUGACGUGCCUCCCUCUGUGGGGGGGGGGGGGGGGGAUUGGGCAGCGGGGACACCACCGCUUUCUCUGUCCGCCAUCGACACCACGGAAACCGACGCCACUCCUGCCACCACCGCCUCUCCGCCCGCUUUGGAAGGACGGGGCAAAAGGCGCCAAAACAUUUCAACCAAAACACGCUGAACGAUGACAGAGAAAGUGCCGGAAGCAGACGUCAACAUCUGAGUCCCGGCGAGAUUUAUUCUCAUUGGUCAUCGCUUUACGCGUUGGUUCCCCCGCCCCCUCCCGUCCCCAGUCUUGAGCGUAAUGCGUCUUCAUAUCUUUGAUCUGUCGGUCUGUGGGUUCGAACGUAAAGUUGGAUUUGUAUGCAUUUUGUGUCUUUUUUUGGAAAGGAAAAAAAUACACACACAUCUGCCGUCUUUUUUUUCGGAGCCCGGCUUUCAGAUUGUACUGUUUAUCUUGUUUUGUUUGCAUGAUCUUUGUAAAUAUGAUAUGUGGUGCAUCAUGUCUACUCUCUGUGCUUGUGAGUGCGUGUAUAUGCAUAUAUGUGUGUGUGUGUUUGUGUGUGUGUGUGUUUGUGACCUCUACGCGGUGUUUUGUUCAGUCUUACACUGGCUACGGAGGCAGGACUUGCACAUCAUGGAUGUAUAGUGGAAGCCAUUAAAGCAGCUAUAAAUUACA